AUGAGCUCGAAGCGAUUCAUCGUCUUUGGGAAUCCGCCGACGGUGCAACAGCUCAGAACCUGCUCGAUCUCACCAGACAAGCCAACUUGGAAGACGCGCAUCAUUCACUACAAUACCUGCCCGGCCCAACCCACAUCAGAGCACACCACUCAACAAGCCAAUUCUCAACUCAGACAAUCUUCGGAUCGAGAGCGUGGUCUCGCCUCGAACAGCUCGAUCGUGCCUCCGAACGAUGCUCCUGCGCCAGCUGAUCACUCCAGGGAACAUUCAAGAAACACUGCCACCAGUUCUGACUCCCUAGACCAGACUUUAGGAUCAAGAACACGGCCGAGCUUGGCACCCGAUGGAGUGGAUACUGAAGAUGUUUCGAAAAACUCCAGUGGAAAUUGCUUGGAUGUGGCGGCUACAAACUCUGAUAGUAUAGAUUAUUACCAAAGCCAGCUGGACUACCGCGAUUCUUUUGAGGAGGUUUCCGGGGAUAUCUCAUUGACGCCCACGCCUGGUAAUCGCACCAGCUGUUUAUUCUCGCAUACACAACCAGACCCUAAUGAUCCUUCACCGCCCUCUGCCGCAAAUAGAAAAACUCCUCAAAGUCAAGCUUCAUAUUCUGAGUCAAUGAUCGUUAACCUACCCCAAUGGCAUUUUGAUGCUCGCUCUUGUACAUCACUCGAUCAACUCAAGAAGGACCCCGGAACCCUGUAUAGUAUCUUAUUCUACCUGAGCGACAAGAAACCCCUGGGUACGAUCGAGCUCAAGAAGCCUCGGAAAGAUGGCUCGCCUAGCGCCAACAUAGCCCACUUCGAAUGCAUGGAUGAUAGUGGAUCAUCCUUAAAGCUGACUUUAUGGGAUGAGGUUGCUGAGUCGCUCGAUGGGGCGUGUUUGAUCGGAGACAUAGUAUUCUUAUCUGGCAUCGCGAUCUCUACUUACCAAGGCAAACCUCAAGCAAGUUCUACUUUUGGAACCCGCGCCCAGAUUUGCUACAGACUUCGGCCUACUCAUUCCUCUCAUUUGCAGAUGUAUUGUCCAGAUAUGAGACUGGCGUAUGACCCCACUACCCGAAGAGUUGGUCAGUUGGUGGAGUGGGCAAAAAGUGCCUUUUUCUAG